AUGACGAGCAGCCUCGGGCUGCGUCCUGAUUGGACGGGCCCGGGCAGCAGUGACUCUGCAGAACGUGAAAGUGAAAGUGCCGGGACAGCGCUGGUGACAGCGCUCGUGCGAGUUAGUGCGAGGGACACAGCAGGGCACCACAGCCUGUCCGUGCUAGUCACAGCCGUCAUCAACGAAGACGGGACCCAUCACUUCAUCAUGAUCGCCCGGCUGGAUGAUGUUCAGUUCGCGAACUACAGCAGUGACACGCGAGAGGUCAGAGCCACCCACGAGUGGGUGGCACAGACCCUGGGCGCUGAGUUUCUCCAGGAAAAGACCCAGGAGUUCCGGAGGCUUGAAGAGACCUUCAAAGGAGAUAUCAGGAGUUGGAUGCAGCUGCACAACCAGACGGGUGGGAUUCACACCGAGCAGCUUCACAAGGCCUGUGUUCUGAGCAACCACAUCCGUGUGGCCCCAAUUUAUCAGUUCGCCUAUGAUGGGAGGGACUUUAUCAGCUUUGAUACCCAGACGGGGACGUGGGUCGCAGCCGUGCAGCUGGCCUUCGCCCAGAAGCAGCGCUGGGAGAUGGGGAAGACCCGCACUCAGUAUGUCCAGUGGCACCUGCAGCACGAGUGCCUGGACCUCCUGCAGCGCCUGUUACAGGCCGGGAGGGCGGUGGUGGAGCAGCAGGUGCCCCCCGUGCUCUCGGUUUCCCGCAGAGACAACCCUGACGGCUUUGCCACCCUCUCCUGCCGCGCCCGGGGUUUUUACCCACGUCCCAUCCACGUCUCCUGGGUGCAGGAUGGAGAAGUCAUCCUGGCGGAGACGGACUCCAGCGGGAUCCUGCCCAACGCCGACGGCACCUACUACACGCAGUCGUCCCUAGAGAUCUCCCUGCAGCAGGACGGGCACCGCUACGCCUGCCGGGUGGAGCACAGCAGCCUGGGGGAGCCCACGCUCGUCUGGGCCCCUGGGAAGAAGGGCCCCCUGCCCCCCUGGGUCCUGGCCGCCAUCGUCCUGGCCGUGCUGGUUCUGGCUGGAGCCGUAGGGGCCGGCGUCAUCCUGUGGAGGAGAAAAUCAGCAGGCCCCAUGAAACCUGGCUACGCUCCAGCAGCCAGUGAGUAA